AUGCACGGCGGAGGCGAGCUCGGUCCAGGUGGGACUCGGCUUGAGUCAUCAGCUACGCUGCGGCCCAGGGAGGAACCACGUGGUGUAUCGCCAAACAGCACCGAAGGCCGACCGCGCUGGGACAGUAAGAUCCUGGAUGCCGAAGUUCACCGUGUAGCCCAAAAGCUCUUGACGGUGAGCCACACGGCUCAGGUUGCGGAGGCUGUAGUAGAAGUCUUGACAGAUGCAGGAUCCAGGUUGCAAAGAUGUUCAACUGCCUGCAUGCUGCCAAAGGAGGGCUGGUCACUUACCGCAUGCCUGAAGAUGGAGGAUGAGGGGACUGCGACAGCCUCACAAUCAUUUCUGGACACGUGCUCCAACCUCGGUGCGGUCUUAAUCGGCCUGGCUUCCGCUUUGAGUCAGAGCAUGCUUCUGCCCUUGGAGUCUUUUCAUCGGGGCGCCUAUGCAGACCAUAGGAGGAAGAAAACGGUUUUGGAUGAUUUGUGUGCGAGGGAGCUCAGCUGCUCCAAUGCCGUGACAGAAUGCCUGCAGAAGCGGGAUCGUGCACGCGUCGGCCUGCAGAGUGCUAUGCGGGAACAGGAGAAGACCGAGAAGAAAGCUGCGGAGAAGAAGAAGGGCUUUGCUCGGCUCACCAGGGGUGAUGGAGAAAAAGACAUUGCAGCGGCGGAGUUGAAGGUUCAGAAGGCGGCAUCGACACAGACAUCUUCAAUCGAAGACUUAGCAAAACGCACUGAGGAGGCCAAUGAAGCCCGACUCUUGCGGGAGAGUGCUGCCAAAGAUGUGGACGCUCUCCUCUCUUGCAUCGAGACGACGCGCGCAAGGCUCCUGGCCCGUUGCCUGAACAACUGCGCUUUGGCAUACAGCGAGGCCGCCAGGAGUUUGCGCCAGAGCGCUGCGGACAUGCAGAGCCAGGCCACAAACCCUUUGCUACGGGAAGGCCCCUACCCAACUAAUGUACAAUGA